GACCAUGCUAUGGCCGUCCCGGCGAAAUGCCAGGCGGGGCUUGUUGCAUGCCAAUGACAGGGCCGGGCGGCAUGCAACCCUGUUCCCCUGCACCGAAUGGGAACAGCUGCAACUUCGGUCCCGGCGCUCCACACUCGACGUGUACCAUGAGCUAAGUGGUAAAAAGAAAUCUUAAACAUUUUAGUGCCUAGGACAAGUCUGGAAGUUAUACCAGAAACAACAACAGCUAAUUGCCAGGAUGUGUAACUUCAAUCCAUCCCCUGAAGGGGAAUGCAUCCCGAACAGCAUGUUCAAGGAAGAGUGCCAAAAGGCCAGAGGCUGCUUAAGCUGCUUCGUUUGCAAGCCUUGCCGAUAUGAUCGCAGCUUAGUGGCUGAAAGUGCAGCACAGAGAUCUCGCUCCACAGAGUCACACAAAAAUUGCAAGUGUUUUAAAGAAGAGAAAUUUUCAAAUAUGAUACCGCCCAGCUUUCUGUGUAAGGACGAAACAAAACCGAAACCAAAGUGUCCCCGUAAAUCCAGCUGCGCCUGUCCACGGUCCAAGGACACUUGCAAGGACUCAGCUGCAGGAGACAAAAAGGAUAAAGCUGCCUGCAAAUGUAAGACUGAAGAUGGUCCCUGUACUCCAACAAAUUGUUGUCCCAGAACUGGGCAAGGACAGGGUACUUUAGACAAUGGUUUCGGCUCAGCCGAAUACAUUGCUCCGGGCAUUGUAGAAAUUGGCUAUGAUCGUCCUGGAACGAUGUCGCCGAUAGCUGUAACACCUGGAUAUGAACCUGAAGUAGCAGCUUUACCAGAGAUGGGCCUUCCGGCGUGUUUUCAGAAAAGACCGCAACCGAUUUGCUGUUACCAAACGAUGCCGAGAGAACAGAUAGCACCCAUUCCCCCACAGACUGGGCAAUGCACAACUCGAGGUAAUCAGCUUGCAGCUGGAUUACCAACGAGACGGUCCCCUCCAUUUGAUCCGUGCACAGGUGAGCUGUGUGAGGCACCUUGCGGUGCAACUGCCUGCCACCAGAAUGUGCGGCCAUCCAACGGCCUACGGAACCAAUCGAAUUGCCCAUGUCAGAUGCAGAAUCAAUCUUCAAAAAGACAACGAACAACUGGCCAGCAGCCACAACCACAACCACAAGCACAGCCACAGGAAUUGUUUAAUUGCUGUGAAAACCCCGAGAAAUUUGAAUGUUUCUGCAACGCGCUGCACAUUCCGUGUCCGCGGCCUGCCGUCGAUACGUCGGGAUCAAUGAGCGCACCGUCCAAGCGCAGAGGAGAGCACACUAGGAAGCACAAGCCUUCCCUGCCGAAAUCACGCAAGUCUAGCGCUAGGAUGUCAAUAGCUUCGACCAUGCAGAACAGUCGAAUGUCAUUGUCGCGGCGGCCAAGUGCCAUUAACCAGAAAUCCCGGCCGAGCACGCGCCAAAGCACCAGAGCCAGUCGAGAUGUGCGCCGGGAUACGCGAUCCGCCCGCCAAAGCCAAUCCUCCCUUUGUAAUUCCGAAAUGGAGGGCUGUAACAACAAGGGCAAGAAGCAUCUGAAGUAUGGCACCUCUGGCUGUCCGUGCACCGAUGACAGCACUCAGACAUGCGGAAUAGAUAAUUGUGACGGGGGACAGAGUUGCGCCGGUGCAGGCCAAGGACCGUGUGGGCAAGAUGGAGGGGCAGGCAAUUGCAAUUCUGGAGGCGCUGGCAAUUGUAAUGCCGGUGGUGCUGGGAAUUGUAAUGCCGGAGGCGCUGGCAAUUGCAAUUCCGGAGGCGCUGGCAAUUGCAAUGCCGGGGGUGGCGGUGGAAAUGCAUGCGGUAUGGCGCAGCAGGAUCAGGGGGGCAAAUCGUGCAACCCAUGCGGCUGGUAUCCCUGCUACGUGUGCAGCUAUUAUCCGGUCAAGUGCUGCAACGGUUGCGUCCACUACAACAGUUGCUACUGGCCCGUCUGCUGCUAUGGCUGCAACCCGUGUUGUCCCCAACCGGAACCGGAACCACAAGCAUGUCCAAGCCAAAAUGCGUGCGGCCAGUCGCAGUCACAGCAACAGAACCAAGGGUGCGUCUCUCAAUCACAGAGUAAAUGCCAGAGUGGAAACACAUCUUGCAAGGGCAGUUCGCGGAUCGUUGCCGGCGCUAUUGUGCCGUACCAGCCCAAGACACAGGAGCCGGAUGAGCCAUGGACGCGGUGUCAGUACUGCUCCACCUGCAAUUUGACGGGCGGCUGCAAUUUGUAUCGUCGCGUCUGCUAUCCACCCUACUGCUAUGCCUCCUCACAGCCAUCGACAUAUCGCAGGACCUUGACGUCGCGCCGCACGGACAUCGAUUAGGGGUCACUGGUCUCUCAGAUGUGCUGCUUCUCGGGAUUGAACACAACACAACAGAAGAAAAGCAAAAACAAUCAACAUAUUAGAGCUAAAUUUUAAGUUUUAAAUUAAAAGGCGAAAACAAAAACAAA